UUUGUACCAAAGACCCAACCCACAAAUUAUAAUCUAUUUCGUUCUCACUCUUUAGUUUUUCGUAAAAACUAGGUGACUGUAAAAUCUGGCAUUUCAUCUUCUGUUGCUGUGUCGCUAACUCGUUUAAAAGUUUUAUUUCUACGACAGUGAAGAAAACAAAAUAUUAUCAAAAUGACAACCUACUUUGAAUACCCAUCUGUAGAACUCCAGAAUGAACUAAGCAAGAUUGCCAAUGCCAUGGUGGCAGACGGUAAAGGUUUGUUGGCUGCUGAUGAAUCUGUUUCAACCAUGGGUAAACGUCUUCAAGAUAUUGGAGUUGAAAAUACUGAAGAUAAUCGUCGUGCCUACAGACAAUUAUUAUUUACUGCUGAUGAACCUUUAAAUGAUCGUAUUUCUGGUGUCAUUUUAUUCCAUGAGACUCUUUACCAAAAAACUGAUGACGGUGUACCAUUUGUUGAAAUCCUCAAAAAUCGUUGCAUUAUACCUGGAAUUAAAGUUGAUAUGGGUGUUGUAAACUUAUUUGGUUCUGAAGGAGAAACUACUACUCAAGGAUUGGACGAUUUGGCUCAACGUUGUGCUCAGUAUAAAAAAGAUGGAUGUCAUUUUGCUAAGUGGCGUUCAGUAUUAAAGAUUGGUAAGAAUAUUCCUUCUUACCAAGCUAUUUUGGAAAAUGCUAAUGUAUUGGCUAGAUACGCUUCCAUCUGCCAAGCCAACCGUAUUGUUCCAAUUGUGGAACCUGAGGUAUUGUGUGAUGGAGAACACGAUUUGGAACGUUGCCAAAAAGUCACUGAAACUGUGCUAGCUGCAGUAUACAAAGCUUUGAAUGAUCACCAUGUAUACCUUGAAGGUACUAUUUUAAAGCCUAACAUGGUUACACCUGGACAAUCCUCCUGUAAGAAGGCUACUGCUGAUGAAAUUGCUAAAGCCACAGUGACAGCUCUUCAGCGCACUGUCCCUCCAGCAGUUCCUGGAAUAAUGUUUUUGUCUGGUGGUCAAACCGAGGAAGAAGCAUCUGUAAAUUUGAAUGCGAUUAACAAGUACAAUGCCAAGAAACCAUGGGCAUUAAGUUUCAGUUAUGGACGUGCUCUGCAAGCUUCUGUCUUGAAAGCAUGGCAAGGAAAGAAAGAAAAUAUUAAAGUUGCUCAAGAUGAACUUCUUAAAAGAGCAUUGGCAAACAAAUUAUCAGCUUUGGGCAAAUACGAAGCUGGUUCUGUACAGACAGCUGCUGGUUCUGUGGGGCUUUUUGUUAAAGAUCAUGCCUAUUAAAUAACAAACUAAAUUUUCAUAAAUACUAUAAAAUUUAUACAUUUUAAAGUCAGUUACCAAAUUAUGAACACUUAUUAUAGUAACAGCUUUUCUUCAUGUUUUUAUAUCACUGUUAGAAUGUGUCAAUAUUUAAAAUAUAUAUUAUAUAAAAAACAUUAUAUAUUUUGAUUUGAUUUUUUUUAGUAUACAAUAUUACAAUAAACUGUUGAUAAUUAUUAAUCAUUAAUUUAGAAAAAUAUAAGAAAGUUUUUGGUAAUUGUGCGAUCGUAGUAUACAAACUAAACAAGGGCAGUCAGAUUUUUUGUUAGAAGCUAAAUCUAAAUAUUAGCACAAUGUUUUGAAACUAAAAUCUUAAGUCUUAUAUCUCAUUUAAUAAUUUACAUAAUAUCAUAAACAAAUUAUUUCUUAGGUAAUUAAUGAGUUAUUAGGUACCUUGAUUUUGUAUUCUACAACAACCUUAAAAGAAAAAAGGUAUUUAUAAAACAAAUUGUGCUAUGGGAAACAAAAAAAAAUAUAUAUGUAUUAGAUAUUAA